AGCAAGUGUUCAACUUGUGUUGUGUUACUUAUAAAUAAAAAUAAACUAAUCAAUUACGUUCAUUAAUGCAUUAAUUGAGUUUUUCUUUCAUUAUUGUGUUUUGUUAACUAUGUAACUAUAUAAUAUAGUUGAAGGCUAAGUGCAAUGAAGCCACUUAAAGAUAAGGUGUUUAUGAGCCCUAUAAAUCAUAUUUAAAGAUUAUUUAGUGAAUGCUAUGAACGUGUAUAUAGUUUUAUUGUUCAGUUUAUUGGUUUGUGAUGGAAGAAGGUUCACGAGGUGCCGACUGGCGACGGAGUUGAUGAGAACCGAUCUGAUUGAGAAGACAUUUCUUGGUAACUGGGUGUGCCUUAUAGAGAAAGUGAGCAAUCGAGAUACCAAAGCCUUCGUUGUAACUCCUAGCGGUAAAAAGUACUAUGGUUUAUAUCAGAUCCCCAGUCGCUGGUGCCGGGAGGGAAAGAAAGGAGGCGAGUGUAAUAUCGCUUGCGAAUCUCUUUUGGAUGAUGACAUUAGAGACGAUACAGCCUGCGCAGUGAACAUCUUUUACCGAGAAGGUUUCAAAUACUGGACGCAAUGGACGACGCGCUGUAAAAAUGAUAACUUUAUCACUAAGGAAAUUUAUAAAUGUCCGGAUCUUGUAAGACAAAGUCCAGAAAGAAGUCUGCAUAGCGAAACAUUGAAGAUGAGACGUAGAGUCGCUAGAAGUACUAUUUCGUCUAAAUAUAGUUAUUAUGGAAUAAAUUGGUUACAAUAGUGA